AUGGCUCCAACAGAACAACCGGAAGAAGAGUGGCAUAUGGACUUCAUGCCGACGGGCUACUUGCCAGAUAGUGUUUAUAGAGAGCUGGCGUGGUACGGAAUACUGCAAAUUCAACCGCUUCACCAUAGCGCCAAACACAAAGUUGCCGCUCAAUUGAUUUGGCAGCAUACACUAGGAAGACCUCAUGUUAUCAUGGAAAGUCCACCACAGUCAUUACAAUCCGAGGGCAAAGUAAGUCGACAGAUACUAGCUGAAGAGGCAGCAAAAUGGUCACGUGAACAGAGAGCGGCUCAAGAGGUGCUAAUGGAAAAUAUCAAAAGUGGUGGCAAUGGCCUUACCGUUCGGACAGUAAUAAGCGCUUCUAAGAAAACGACAUACAUAAUACAAAACGGUAAUUAUUAUAAAUGCCCAGAAGGUUCCGAACCGGAUUUGGAUGCAUACAGAGUGCAAGCUAACAUGCAUGAAAGAAAAUGUACGUAUGGAAAGCAAUCAAUUCCAGUCUCUGUGGAUCCAUGCAUAGAGGCUGAAGUAGCGCCGAUUGAAUACUCGUUCCACGAAGGUUGGAUGUUCUGUCUCGGUAAUGGUGAAAGAGAAAACAAUUAUUUUCAAAAUGGAACCUUGGAUUGCGGAAAUAAAACAAAAGUUUCGGUAGAUGAAUUUUUAAGUCUGUGCGCAAUCGAUAAUAACAUCGUUAUAACAUUCGACUAUUUUGGUGAUGAACCUCGGAAAGAUAUGAUGCACAAUGCCACACUUUGUACUACUUGGGAUCCCUGUCGUUUAUCGUAUUUAUAUAGACUAGAGCCUCCACCUGUCGAAUUAACUCCUGCCUUCCCGACCACCACACCGAAUCCUUGCGAUACAACUCUUUGUCCUGAAUGUGUGGAGGGCUUUACUGAAGAUCACGGAGUUCCUAUGGAUCGUAAGACUUUUAGUGUUCAGUCUUUUUUAUUAUAUAUUUCCAAAGAUGUACUACUGCCAUUAACGAAUUGCAUUGUUAAUAAUUUUGAGCACCAAUUGACUGUGGCUCUAUUUUUGGACCUCUCUAAAGCGUUUGACACUGUCUCUAUUUCUAUUCUUCCAUCAAAAUUGGAACGUUAUGGUGUCACACGACACACAUCCUUAGGUUAG